UGUGUGUGUGAGAGAGAGAGAGGCAGAGAGAGGCGUGAGUGUGUGAAUGUGUGUGUAUCCAGUGAAAAUCACCCGGAGACUGACCGAGACAGUUUUUGACCGUGCCAAUGUGUGUGGCCUGUAAAUAUAUGGCACUAACCCCGGUGGAAUCGUCUCAUGGACACUACAGUACAUCGAAAAUGAGGGAAUAAUCGGGAGGAGACGCACGGCGAGGCUCGUCUGUAGCUAACGUUUUUGUUGAACUGCGAGUGGGAUCACAGCUGCUGGCUACGAAAAUGUCGGGGAAAAUAGAGAGCAAGCAAGACUCGCAACGAUCCCAUCUGUCCUCUUUCACCAUGAAACUGAUGGACAAGUUCCAUUCUCCCAAGAUCAAGAGGACUCCAUCCAAGAAGGGCAAGCAACUUCAGACUGAGCCAGCAGCCAAGAGUACAGAAAAACCUACUAACAAGAAGGUGAGUCGACUGGAAGAACACGAGAAAGAUGUGGUCAGUGCCCUGCGCUACUUCAAGACAAUCGUGGACAAAAUGGUUGUGGAGAAGAAGGUGCUGGAGAUGCUUCCUGGCUCUGCUAGCAAGGUGCUUGAAGCUAUCCUGCCUCUGGUUCAGGUGGAGGCCCGGAUACAGCACAGUUCGGCGCUGUCUUCCUGCCAUAACCGUGUGUACCAGAGCCUAGCCAAUCUCAUUCGUUGGGCAGACCAGGUGAUGCUGGAUGGUAUUGACUUGGAAGACAAGGAAAAUGUGGCAUCUGUCACAAGUGUCAUCAAAGCAGUGCUGGAUGGUGUAAAGGAAUUAGUGAAGCUGACCAUAGAGAAACAGGAGCAGCCGUCACCCACCACACCUAACAAACCAGCACCACCUGCCACCACAACAGAUAGCAGUGUGUCCUCGGAGGUCCCCUCGAUAGACGGGGAGCAGGAGAUCUCAAAUAAGACUACACCAGCAGCUGCUCCUGCAGAGAAUGCCCCUGAGGUACCAGAUGAGGAUGUAGCCCCCCCCAAACCCCCUCUUCCUGAAGCAAAGAUGGCAGAGCUCAGAGCACAGUUGAGUGCUGACGCUGGCCAAAGGAGACCCUCUCAGAAGGAGAAUCCACCUCCAGCUCUUCCUCCUAAGAAACGCCAGUCAGCCCCUUCGCCCACGCGGGUGGCAGUGGUUGCACCCAUGAGCCGUGGCUCCAGUCUGCCCUGCAGUGUUCACAGACAGCAGCAAGACUUUGAGCAGGAGCUCCUUCAGAGGCGUUUCUCUGGGGGGAGCCAGUCAUACGGGGGAGACUCUCCACGACUGUCUCCCUGCAGCAGCAUGGGGAAACUCAGCAAGUCUGAUGAACAGCUCUCCUCCAUGGAGCAGGACAGUGGUCAGUGUUCACGUAAUACCAGCUGUGAAACGCUUGACAACACAGAGAAUUAUGACCCAGACUAUGACUUCCUUCACCAGGACUUGUCAGUUGGGGAAAACCUGCCCCCAAUACCGGUGGGAGGGUGCCUUAGCCCCCUGCCUGAGUCUCACAGUGAAUCUUCUUCCCCAGUACCUGGACAGCAUCCCACGCAUCCCCGCUUCAGUGCUCCUCCACCACAGCAAACACCAGAGUACUGGACCCCUCAGCCAUAUCAAACCAAUCCCUUACUGUCCCGCAUCAGUGCACCCCCUGCUCUGCCCCAGAAGAAGCGACGCAGCACUCCGACACCGUCGUUCACUGAUGGAGGGUGCAGAGUGCUCUAUGAGCGAUUCCCUUCCCAGUAUGACAAUUUGUCAGAAGAGGAGCUGCACCCUACACCCCCAUUCCCCCUUUUCACACCCGUCUCACCCAUGCCCCAGACAAAUGGGGGGGUGUUUGUUGCCCAGUACAUGAGCACCGAACAUGCAGAUGUCCCUGCCAGCCCACCACCACUCCCAGAAAAGAAAAGCAGACACAUCCUCCAGUACAUGCAGUUUGUGGAAGACUACUCUGAGCCGCAGCCCUCCAUGUUCUACCAGAUGCCACAGAGUGAGAGCAUCUACGAGCAGCGUAAUAAGCGUUUCCAGGAGGUUUAUGGCUUCAACGACUCCUUCAGCAGCACAGACUCGGUCCAUGAGCCAGUUCUGCCCCCAGCGUUGCCCCCAAAACAAAGACAACUGGCCUCCCACUCUUCAUCCCCCUCUUCCUCCUCGUCCUCUUCUCUCUCCUGCCACCUCCAGCCGUCUGUAGCGGCCAUGGAGGAGGCAGGCUCUGGGCUGGGCCUCAGCAUGUCCGUAUCUAACUCCUACCUGAUUGGCCAAGCAUCCUUGACCACACCCACGAGCUUGGACCAUGUUGCCUUGACCAAUGCCACCAUUCUGGAUGGCAGCGGGGGCGGGCCCGACGGUUCCCUGGCUGGCUCAAUGGGUUCUGUGGCUGUCUGUCUUCCUUCUGAGUCUUCUCUCACUGACUCUCUCCACACCUCAGCGAGUGAGAGCGCGAAUGACGAGGGUGGGGAGGGGGAGUACGUCAACUUGUACUCAUCAAGCCAGGCCAAUGGGGAGCUGCCUCUCUCCCUCAGAGAAACAAUUGCAGCUGAUGAUGUACUUCAAGACCCCACUCCUCAGAUGCCAUCCAGCAAUAGCAAAGAGGCUUUGGACAAGGAAAGGCAGAGGCAGAAGUCAACAGAAUCAGCUGGAAGUGAUGAGGAAGAUGUGGACGAACUCUCCCUCAUAGACCACAAGGAGAUUAUGAGCAGGAUAACACUAAAACAAGAAAGUGACGAUGGCCCUGAUGUUCGUGCUGGAUCAGGAGAUAUUUUAUUAGUCCAUGCUACAGAAACAGACCGCAAAGAUCUCGUUUUGUACUGUGAAGCCUUUCUGACUACAUAUAGGACUUUUAUAUCCCCAGAGGACCUAAUUAAGAAGCUACACUACAGAUAUACCAGGUUCUGCCACAGUCCGGACACUUUCAAGAAGCGAGUCAGCAAGAACACCUUCUUUGUGCUGGUCCGUGUGGUGGAUGAGCUGUGCCUGGUGGAGCUGACAGAGGACAUCUUGAAACAGCUCAUGGACCUGGUGUUCACGCUGGUGUGCAACGGUGAGCUGAGCCUCGCCCGUGUGCUCCGCAAGAACAUCCUGGAUAAAGUGGAGCAGAAGAAGCUGCUACGCUACACUAACUCCCUGAAGCCCCUGGCUGCCCGAGGGGUCUCUGCAAGGCCUGGAACUCUGCAUGACUUCCGCAGUCAUGAGAUCGCCGAUCAGCUCACUCUUCUCGAUGCCGAACUCUUCUAUAAGAUAGAGAUUCCCGAGGUGCUGCUUUGGGCCAAGGAGCAGAACGAGGAGAAGAGUCCGAACCUGACUCAGUUCACAGAGCACUUUAACAACAUGAGCUACUGGGUUCGCUCUUUGAUAAUUCAGCAGGAGAAAGCCCAAGACAGAGAGAAGUUGCUCCUUAAAUUCAUCAAAAUAAUGAAGCACUUAAGAAAGUUGAAUAAUUUCAACUCCUACCUGGCAAUACUGUCCGCCCUGGACUCUGCUCCCAUCCGGAGGUUGGAGUGGCAGAAACAGACCUCAGAGGGACUGGAGGAGUAUUGCACGUUGAUCGACAGCUCCUCCUCCUUCAGAGCUUACCGAGCUGCUCUGGCUGAAGUGGAGCCUCCAUGUAUCCCGUAUCUGGGUCUGAUUCUCCAGGACUUGACAUUCGUCCACUUGGGAAACCCUGACCUCAUUGACGGAAAGGUCAAUUUCUCCAAGCGCUGGCAGCAGUUCAACAUACUGGACAGCAUGCGGCGCUUCCAGCAAGUACAUUACGAACUGAAGCGCAACGAAGACAUCGUCUCGUUCUUUAACGACUUCAGUGACCACCUGGCAGAGGAGGCCCUGUGGGAACUGUCGCUGAAGAUCAAGCCCAGGAACAUCACCAGGCGCAAGACGGAGCGCGAGGAGAAGACCUAGGCCCCAUGGGCCAAAAAUUGACUGACCUCCAACUGUGCUUCAUGACACUAACUCCACUUUACUACAGACCGAGAGAAAGAAGAAUGGAAGCUAUCCGCUGGAGCAAAUGGGAGACUCAUUGCAGAACAAACAAUAGACCGAUGCUUGGCCAGGGGUUUAUAAGGAACUCUGCUGUUGUGGGAGAUUAUAAUUGGGAUUACUGCGGAUCUGGCGUGUAGAUGGGAAGAGAUAGUGACUAUGUGGAAACAGGAAGAAGCCUGGUGCCAAGGAGGACAGAAGAAUCUCACUGAGUGGGCAGACAGUAUGGAAAUAAACCAAAGUCUGCUCCCUGGAAUCUCUGUUUUAGAGUGGAGCGGUUGUGCGUGCGUGCGUGCGUGUGUGAGUGAGCGAGAGAGAGAGAGAGAGAGUUGAAUGGUCCAUUACUCUCCAAGUUGCUCCUUCCUCUUCCUUUAUAUAUGUGCCAUUUGCUGGUCAUCCUCUGUGACCCUCCCCCCCACUCAUGAUUUCCCUGAAACGGCAGAACCUUGAGAGCGACCUGAUGUGAACUGUAAUGUCAACAUGUGGGUCGCACAUCGAGUCAACUGGAGAGGGGGCAGGGGAUCUGAACUGAGAGAGGACAGCCAUUAUAGACUGGAAACUACGAGUUUGUUUUGAAACAUUUUGUGUAAGAAUCAUGUAUGGUUAUAAAAUGUAUUAUAUACAGUGCUCCUUUUGUUCUUAAAAAGGAUGUUUAUGCUUAUGAGAAGAGCUUAGCUUCUCCGAAGUGCCAUACAUAUGUGCACUAAAAAAAGCAAAGCAAAAACACAAAAAGAUGAAUUACUAAAGAUGCUGUGAUAUAUGUAUGUCAUACUGAAUCAUUGUGUGCCGUGUUCAAGUGUAGAAAAUCAUUAGGCAAUCACAAUCAUGUCCCAGUCAUGUCGGUGCGUGGAAGUGUUUGUGUGUGCGACUGCGACUGAAGUCCUUCUGUGACUUUGCGUGUUUGUCUUUUCAAAAUGUGCUGUAGUAAAAUCAUUCUGGUUUCUUUUCAGGAUAAUGUCAAAAGCAUCACAUCACACUGUGCUCUCAAACUUCAAUAAAACAAAACAGCUCUGUUUCUAUACACA